AGUAGAGGUGGUGUGUGUUUUUGUGACUUUCAGUCAGUCUUGCAAGAAGUUCCUUAGGAGGCUUAGUUAAUCUUACACCAUGUGUGAUCAAUUUUUGGGAACUUGGAAGCUAGUUUCUAGUGAGAAAUUUGAUGACUAUAUGAAAGAACUUGGUGUAGGCUUUGCCACCAGGAAGAUGGCUGGGGUUGCCAAGCCCAAUGUGAUCAUCAGUUGCAACGGAGAUGUAAUAGCCAUCAAAACAGAGAGCAGUUUAAAGAACACAGAAAUUUCCUUCAAACUGGGAGAAGAGUUUGAUGAGACCACAGCAGAUGACAGGAAAGUAAAGAGUGUUGUGACAUUAGACAAUGGGUCACUCAAUCAGGUGCAGAAAUGGGAUGGCAAAGAGACUACAAUAAAAAGAAAAAUAACGGAUGGAAAGCUGGUUGUGGAAUGUGAUAUGAACAAUGUUAUCUGCACUAGAGUGUAUGAGAAAGCAUGAACAUGGACUUCGUACUCUGUGCAUAAUAGGACCCAGAAGCAGAAGAGAAGUUUGGUUCAGGGAGCAGAGCCCUAUAAGGCAAUUGCUUUCUUCAAAGAACUGACAUGUUAUCAAUGGACCAGCUCUAAAGCACCUUUAAACCUAAGCUGAUGUAUUAUGGCUAUUCAAUAAAGUGCUUCAUGAAAAA